AUGGGACCCAUUUUCAAGGGAGCAGCUGUUGUUUGCCUCGUGGCGCUCUCUGGGCUACAGCCGGCGGCAGGAGAUUUGCAAUACCAAGUUCAGGUUGCAGACAAAGAUGCAUACACCUCCGUGAACUUGGCCCGCGUUGGUCAGAUGUCCGUACGGAUUGGCGUAUUGACGGAGAACAGCGACCUGGCUGAAGGUCUAAAGACUACAUCACCACCGACGAAAAAGACGAAAUUUGUCGCACAGCUCCCAGAAUCUGAAGACCAGAAAUAUCGCCAAGCUGUGCAGAACGCUCUUCAAGCUGGACUUGAUGUGCUGACGUCGUACCCUGAAAAUGAUGUGUGGACGACGUUCUGGGAGGACCCCGCCGGCGCCAACCUCGCACGCCUUCUUUGGUCUAAGAGCACCAAAGUUGGCUGCGGUGUAGGAACAUGCACGGGAGGAGAAGAGGCUCGAACUCCAGAACAAACUGUCACAUUUCUUGUUUGUCAGAUGGAGCCUGCAGCGGAGGCGAACACGGCUCCCUUCGACAAGGAGUAUUACGAAGCGCUCAAAGAACGAAAAACAUCAUUGACAGAAAUGACUGACGAGGACCUCAAAGCGCCUGUCCAGGGCGGUGCAGCUGCCGCCGUACCCUCCCUUCUUGUAGCAGGCUUAACUGCUAUAGUGGCAUUUGCCUCUGCAUAG